CCGCCCUCGUUCUCGUUUAGCUGUGCGUCCACGCCGUUCCCGCACGCGAUCCUCGCCCAACUACUGCAGACGGGAGUCGGGUGGUCUGGCCUCAGCUCUUCGUUUCGUGGCCGGCGGUGAUGUCGGCGCUGGAGUGGUUCGCGCACAAGUCUCUGGGGGGAGGAAUCUACUGGAUCCAAGAGCGCUUCUACGAGUCGGGCAAUCGAGCCAAUAUCUGGCUGGUGCGCGGCUCCCAGCGGGACGUGGUGAUCGACACGGGGCUGGGGCUGCGCAGCCUCCCCGACUACCUUCACUUGGCCGGGCUUUUGGAUCCCGAGCCGGCCCAGGGCGACCUGGAGGGAGCAGAUCGCGGCGAAGGAGGGAAGGAGCCCGCAAGCAGUGGGCGGCGGCGGCCGUUGCUAGCCAUCGCCACCCAUGUUCACUUCGACCACUCGGGCGGGCUGCACCAGUUCGAGGAGGUGGCCGUGCACAGCGCCGAGGCCGGAGCCCUGCGCCGCGGCGAUAACUACGAGACUGUCACUUGGCUCUCGGACAGCGAGGUGGUGAGGCAGCCUACCCCCGGCUGGAGGGCCAGGCAGUUCCGAGUGCGACCCGUCCAGCCGACGCACGUCUUGCAGGAGGGGGAUGUGAUCAGCCUUGGUGAUAGACAGCUCACUGUCAUGCACAUGCCUGGCCAUUCGAGAGGAAGCAUUUGUUUGCAUGACAGAGAACGGAAGAUUCUGUUCAGUGGGGAUGUUGUAUAUGAUGGCUCAAUGAUUGACUGGCUUCCCUACAGCCGGAUAAAUGACUACGUUACAACCUGCCAACGAUUAAUAGAAUUAGUCAAUAGGGGCCUUGUGGAAAAAGUCCUUCCAGGGCAUUUUAACACGUUUGGAGCUGAACGGCUGUAUCGUUUAGCUUCCAACUAUAUUUCAAAUGCUGGGGUUUGUCACAAGGUUUCUACAUGUGUGGUGAGAUCGGUUGCAAGCCUAGCACUUCGUGCAACAAAUUCUAGAACGACUUCAUAGUCUUAACUUCAUAGCCAUGAAGAUGCUUAUUUUUAUCUAAUUAAUUUAUAUUUUAAAAAUGCCAGUAUAUGCUAGUAGCUGUGCCAAAGCUACUCAUCUUUUUUGUCUCUUUUCAAGGCAAGUUUGCACAUAAGUUGAAUGCUAUUUGACAGAUGUUCUAAAUAAGUUAUUUUGUAUUUUAAACCAUCUUGAAACAUAUGCACUAGAAUAAAAGUUUUGCACUUGUGCCAAACUUUCUGAUGCAGCCUUCAGUUAGAGGUUUAUGUUAAAAGCAUAUUUUAAACGGCUGAAAUUUAAAAGCAAGGGUUGUGGGAAGAAGGGGCUAUUAGAACAUUCCACUGUCAUGUUGAAUGCACUAAGUACCUAAGUAAUUUUUAUUGUAUGGGAUGAAUGUAAACUGAAGUUAAUACCAAAUGUUCAUAUCAAAUAUUGUUCUAUGUUAUUGUUGUUCUUCAAUUGUAUUGCAUUUAGGUAUUGGUUUCAAACAAAUGAAAUAUCAUUUAAUAUUUUAAGUAUAUUGCUUGCUUUUCAAAUAUGACUAAUGCUGUAAGUGUGAGUGUAUAACUGUUAAAAGUUCAGUCUGACAAUUUUUAAGUAAAACAUGCACCCGUAAUCCAAGGUUCUUAAUUCCUGUAGUACCACAGUUGCAGAAACAUUUCAGCAAGUGUGAGUUGCUGAUUGAACAACCGUUGUAAACAAAAUGGGCAUCCAAAACAAGCAAACUGAUAUUGGGUGGUAGAUUUAUCAGGUGCCAUUACACGUGGGUCAGACUUCCAUUAAAAGUCUUUACCGUUCAGAUAGUAUUCUUCAUUUUUAUCUUUUUAGUGUUUUUCUUUCCUGCUUUCCCCAGUUUGCAUUGUGCUUCUUUUCAACCAACCUAAUAAACAUUCCUACCAGUUAUUCAUUAUUUUCCAAGAUAUUAUUAGUUUCUUGUAUGGAGACAGAGCUUGUGUCUUGCAUCAGAAUCUGAUUUGUUGGAAUUCAGUAAGAAUUAUAUUAAAAAUGACCCUUUCUUGCAAGAACACUAACUUACUUGAGUAUUGUGGCCAUCAAACUUUUUUUUCCUUUUUGAAUUCCAUUGCACAGUAUCUCCCCAACAUCCAAGCAGCACUUUGAUGCUUGAUACCACAGUAUUCAGCACUUUGUAUCCUAUGAAAGUAUAGUUAGUUCUUAAAAUGUUAACAGUGCCUAUUUCCUGUUUUAAAACAAAUGAGUAUUGCAAACUGCAUCAUUUUGGCAAUUAACACUGGAAAUACUGUCUAUACUAACAAAAACUAUUAAUUCACUGCCUUUGAAUAAUAGGAAAAAGGCAUCUAGCAGUAGAACCUCAAAUUAGCAAAUGCUGCUUGUAUGCUAUUGAAAAUUGUGUAGUCAAAAUUGUGAGGAACCACACACAUGGUCAAAAGAUUAGGAGCGUGUUGCUAUAUUAUGCACUCAUACCCAUUCCUUUUUUGACUAGAUUUCUUCCUCUCGGGUUAAAUACAGUUAAGCACAGUGUCAGCUGCAGUAUUAAGCACAAUCAAGGUUAAUCUGAUUCCUGCUUAAUCAAGAUUUUCAACCAUCUUGGAAUCCAUGUGAGUUCUAGUGCCUUGUUUAUUUCUCUGACAGAAUGGUUGACUUUUUGGCUUGGACCAUUACAGAAUGAUUUUGUUCUGAAAUACUGCUGAGGCAUUAAUAACAGUUUUAUGCAUAGGUAAAAGAAACUGCUUGUUUUGACUUUCUGUUCCUUCUUCCUUUGCCCAUUGCCAAUGUCUUGAAAGUUAUUUUACCAAAGUGUAAAUGAUACUUUGAUUUCUCACUAUGAGAGUAAUUCAGUGUAAAGAAUCCUACAGUUGUCAAAGACUUGUGGUGAAGGACUGAUUUGAAGCUUUUCUGUUGGUUUAGUAAGUUACCAAUCAAAUAUCUACUUACAAGAUUUGCUGAUUUUAAAGAAAAUCUGUGUCUUAUUUCAAUCUGAUUAGGUGUCACAAAGUAAGCUUGCCUACUGAAGCCAAUAAAUAAUUAUAGUCAUUGGGAAAUAUAUUCAUAUGGGAAGGUCUUUCUUACUGAAAUAUAAAUACUUCUCAAUUCAGUGAGAUUUUAUUUCUAGUAAGUGAAUAGUGGAUUGUAACUUUAUUCAAGUUUCAACCUAGAAGUGGAUCACAGUUCAAGUUUUGACUAUUAUUUGUUAGUCAAAUACUACCCGAGAGAGAAUGCUAUAGAAUCUUAUCUGUUGUUUUAAAUAUUUUUAUAUUAUAAAGUUUAUUUCUGAAAGAAAACAUUUUUAAAAAUGCUAUCGAUCAUACAUUUACUAUUCUUUUAUUUGUAAAAAGUUUUGAACCACUAAGGGAUUGUAUAUAUUUGUCUGUUUUUCACAGUUUAAAAACCCAAUAACUGAGCUGAAAUAAAGUUAUUUGGACUUCAGCCAUGUUGAUAUGCUAUCACUUCAAGAGGUAUUAUUUAACUGGGUCAUGAAUACUGCUGUAAUAUAUGGUUUAAAAGCAUUUUUAAAAGUUGUAAUGCACCAUACUAAUAAAAAAUUACUAAUGGCAUUGGUUUCAAGAAAACUAUAUUAUUUAUUGAUAUUGAUAAUAAAAUAAUAAUGACACAAAAUA